GCGAAGCUGUCCGUCCGCAUGGCCACAUCCAUGCAGCUGGACGAUGUGGCCACGCGGCGGGCGGACCUGCACGAGGAUUAUGAGCGCGCGGCACAGGGCCUGCCGCCGCGCGCUGUGGUGCGGCGAGUGGACCUGCCAGCAGCUGCGGCUGCAACGCUUGGCGCCAUUAGGGACACCCUGGCGCGCCUUUGGCAGGUGGUACGCUGGGAACGGCGACACUUUGAGACGCUGUGGCGGUUGGCCAUCGACGCAGUGCCGCUGCCGGGAAAUUCGCAUAUGCCGUUGGCUCGCCGUGAGCCAUGCGGCUGUGGGCAGCACGGCCAUGGUGGCGCCGCGGCGGGGCACACGCAGCGCAGCGCCCACGCCACGGCAGCACCACUUCUGGGAUUGCGCGGUGGCGAAGGCCGUGCUGGCGCAGAUCAACGCACACAACCCCGGUCCGGCUCCUAUCAGCCAAGCCCAGCUGUGGCUGGUCCAGGCGCCGCCGGGUUUUCAGCAGUGUGUUUGGGACGUGGUGGUGAUGGUGGCGCUGGCCGCCACAGAACAUGGCCGGGUGCGGCUGCGCGGGAUGACGCGCGCCGCAGCGGCCUGGGACUUCAGACGGCGGGGGCAGCAGCUCCAGAGGCUGCGGUGGCACAUCACUUCUGGUCGCGGCUGAUGCAGCUCGCGCAGCUCGGCGUGCCCCAAAAGGGCUGAGAUGGCGUUGACGCCACUCACCCAUCCUGGCGGUGGUGAACGGUGAAAUGCUGUGCGCGUUGCCGCAAGCUAUGGAGCUGGAGGCUUGAAAGGGAUCAGCCCUUAGGAGAAGCGCGUGAGCACUAACAUGAGCCACUGAAGCAGUGGCAUACCGUACUGCCACGCUCAAUUGGUGAUUUCAUAAUUGGUGACAGUAAGAAAUCGCCUUGGCAUUAAACAGGCUGACACAGACUUUGGUGAUGGGCCCUGGCAGAAGCCAGGCCGCAUUAAACCCGUGUCACAGAAUUUGGUGAUGGGACCCCCCGAAUCGUACCCAGCGUCGCUUUCGGCCCCGGCAGCUGCAACACAAGCCCCGGCGCUAUCCUUAAGCUGCUUAGGGCCUUUGGGGGCUACACUGAGCAUUGUGCGUACCGUAUACUACAUGACUGUUGCUCACUGUAGGAAGCAGCGUCACUAGUCAAAGCAGCCCGUUUGCGUGGUUUUGCCCAACUUGGAUUCAGAGUUCACAGGAAUUGGUGACGGGCUCUGGCAAAUCCUAGUUGACAUUGUUCCCUGCUACCAAAUUGGUGAUUUUCACCAAAUUGGUGUCACCAAUUGAGCGUGGCAGUACGGUACGAGAGGGUCAGCGGGGGGCAGGCGAAGGGUUUUCUUUGUUUUACGCCCGUGGGAGCAGGGCCAGGUUUGCGGGGUUUUAUGCCUGAGAGGGUGUGUUGGGUGCUGCAGCACCCUGGGCCUUACGGCCUGGACCGGCCUAGUGGCCAGACGCGUUUGUGGCUGCCCUUAGGCAUAGUCUGCCCUGGCGUCGAGAGUUGUGGCUGCCCUUAGGCAUUGUCUGCCCUGGCGUCGAGAGCUGGUUAGGUUGCGGUUGAGGUCGUGCAGGCUGCGGGGUCGUAGGACUCAGCCCCGCAGCCACUGUGGUCGUGCUAUCGCGUGCUGUCGCGUGCUGCGUGCUGCAUGUUUUGUUAUGUUUGCUGUUUUUGUUUUCUGCCCGCCUGGUCCUUGAGAGGUAGCUCGCCCGCUGGGUCUGAGGUUAUUGCACCGGUAGUAAUUCCGCAAGGGUUACUGGCGCGGUGAAGGGUCGGAGUGCGUUACCUUGUGGACUUCAGAGCUGUUUGCGCUCUGCCGGGGAAACGCCAGGUCACGGCAGCCCUCGAUUGAGAGCCCUUUCGUUGGUUAUACCAGAUACGCGA